AAUAACCUCGUACGUGACGUCACAUUCUCCCGUGCCGUGUGUAGUGCCGUCGAAACCUCACACGUUGUGUUGAGCAUUUAUAUAUUUAUAUACUCACAUUUGCCGGUGUCUGUUCAAUUUUUAUACCAGAAUGCCUCCUAAGAAAGUCGAGGAGCCAGAACGGAAGCCGCUGAUCGGGCGAGUGGGCACCAACCUGAAGAUCGGAAUCGUCGGGAUUCCCAACGUCGGAAAGUCUACGUUUUUCAACGUCCUCACAAAGAGUCAAGCUGCUGCCGAAAACUUUCCGUUUUGCACCAUCGAUCCCAAUGAAAGUCGCGUUCCAGUUCCUGAUGCGAGGUUCGAUUACCUGUGUGAGUACUACAAACCCGUCAGCAAAGUUCCGGCAUUUUUGAAUGUCGUCGACAUCGCUGGGCUUGUCAAAGGUGCUGCCGAAGGACAGGGAUUAGGAAAUGCUUUUCUUUCGCAUAUCAAUGCUUGUGAUGCGAUCUAUCAUUUAUGCCGAGCUUUUGAAGACGACGAUGUUACCCAUAUCGAAGGCGAAGUCAACCCCGUAAGAGAUCUUGAGAUAAUCUGCGAAGAGUUGCGGCUCAAGGAUAUUGAAAUGCUCAAUGGUUAUCUGGAAAAGUUGGAAAAACUAGUCGUACGCGGUAAUGACAAGAAACUUAAGCCUGAAUAUGACACUCUUUUAAAAGUCAAAACAAUUUUGGUAGAAGAAAAACAACAAGUCAGAUUUGCUGAUUGGAGUGUUAAUGAAAUCGACGUGCUCAAUAAAUAUUUGUUUUUGACGUCGAAGCCCGUAAUUUACUUGGUGAAUCUCUCGGAAAAGGAUUAUAUUCGUAAGAAGAAUAAAUGGCUUAUAAAAAUAAAGGAGUGGGUAGACAAAAAUGACCCUGGUGCAACACUGAUACCCUUCAGCGGUGUUUUUGAAAACAAAGUAAUCGAUAUGGACGACGCUGAACGCGCAAAGUACUUUGAGGAAUCUAAAGUUACGAGCGCGCUUGAGAAAAUCAUUGUCCAGGGUUACAAAGCUUUGCAACUGCAAUAUUUCUUCACUGCUGGCCAUGAUGAAGUCAAAGCUUGGUCAAUCCAGAAAGGAACAAAAGCGCCUCAAGCUGCCGGUAGGAUCCACACGGACUUUGAAAAAGGUUUUAUCAUGGCUGAAGUCAUGAAAUUUGAGGACUUUAAAAAUGAAGGUUCCGAAGCUGCAGUCAAGGCAGCAGGAAAAUACAGACAGCAGGGUAGACAUUACGUUGUUGAUGAUGGUGAUAUCAUACUAUUUAAAUUUAACGCCGGCGCUGGACUGAAAGAUGCCAAGAAAAAAUGAUAACACGCUAAUCUUCUUUACGCUUAUGCCACACAUAAUUUUUUUUUUUUUUUUUUUUUGGUAUUGCAUUGCGAGCGUCAAUUGAUAUUUACUAUAUCGACAGUUUCUAUUGAAUAUAAAUUUAUCAAUUAAA